AUUUUAUUCUCAGCGCCAGUGACAUCACCGUGGGAAUCUCGUCGCAUAAAACAAGAUUUGAUUAAUGCUCGUGCAGAAAUUGCUUCACUUCAAGAAAGAAAUAAGACUCUUUUCAACCUUAAAAAAGAAUCUGAUAUCUUAUUUGAAAAAGAAAAAUCUGCUUUAGAACACAACAUCAAUAAAUCAAAAUUAAUGAUUGAUCAGUUAGAUAACAGGCUUAAGGAAAUCCGAUAUGAAAAAUCUAAUUUAAAAGAAGAAAAUGAUAGUUUAAUGAAAAAACUUGAGUCUGUAAUGGAAGAAAACCGACAUUAUACAUCAAAUCUGGAAAAAGAAAAAAAGGAACUCGAAGAUAAACUAAACAGUGUGACUUUAGAGCUUACAAAAUAUCAAAAUGAAAGCGUAUCAAGAAAUUGUACUGAUUAUGAAUUAAAUGAACUAAAAAAAACUCUAAGGUCAAAUGAAAAGUAUAUUGAAGAAUUAACCAGUAAUUUAAGAAAAAAACAAAUUGAAAUUAAUACAUUGGAAAACGAUCAAGUCAAACUGAAUACUGCUAACCAAAAAAUUAAAUGUUUGGAAAAUGAAUUAGCUUCUUUACAAGAAAGUGCUAUGGUAGUAAAUGCCCAACGAGACAAAUUGAAACGGUUUAAUUCCAUGGAAAAUGAACUCAUUUCAUUAAGAGAAGAAGUAGCUAUUUAUAGAAAUGAUGUAAAGCAAACAGAAAUUUUAGAAAAUACAGUUGCUACUCUCGAAAGUAAAUUAAACAAACAUGAGUUGAUUGAAAAAGAAGCAAUGCAAUUGAGAUCAAACCUAGCAGUUAGUGAAGAUCGUUUGAAAACAUGGAUAGAUGUUUGCCGAGAAGUCUGUGAAAAUGUUACAGAAGCUCAGUGUUAUCCAGAAUAUUUGCGUUACUAUGUUGACAAUCUAAAGAAAAAAGAUUUAUGUUUAGUUAACGAGAAGGGAGAAUUGCAAACCACUAUUGCUCGAUUGGAAUUAAAACUGAAACAGAUGGAAGUUGAAUUGCUUAAAGCAAAAGAACAAAUAAGUAUUGCAACAAACAAUAAUAACAAAAAUGAAUUAACCAUUAAACGAUUAAAGAAACAAAACUACAUUAUUACAUGGGAACGUAAUGAUUUAAGAGAACUUUUAGAUUCAUUUCAAAAAGAAGUAACUGUCAUAGGCAAUAUAAAUGGUGAAGAUUCUAGAAUUGAAGUAUUAGAAAAAGCAAUUAAUGGUUACAAAUUGCGCAUGAAUCAAAUUGAAACAGAUCCAUCUAUAUAUGUGCCUAUUGAUAAUAAUAAACGUUGGAUAGAUGAAAAAAAUUUACUUUUAAAAGAAAAAGAAGAACUUAUUAAUAAAUGUAAACAAUUGGAAGCCAAAUGUAUUGAUUUAAAUGAUCAAAUAGAUCAUAGAGCUUUAAAAGGAGAUUUUAAUUUAAAAGAAACUAAAGUGUUACAUUUCAAGUAUGUAACUCAUUAUACGUGAAGAUGAUGCCACACCCUCAUUUUUGUUGUCAUAGUCUUACAAAAAUGUAAUCUAUUCAAUUUACGCUCUGCAAUUCACAUCUUAUUCCGUUACCUAAAAAAUUAGUGUGGAUAGACCUAUCACGAAACUUGAUGGUUAGAACAUAAUUUUUAUUUUGUUGAAUAGUCUWUUUUGRCGAUAGU